UUCCCCCAGUGGGUGGACCAACGGAAAACACUCCUCCGUCAAUCACAUGUACAGUUGUACGCACCAUCCACCACCGUCCGUACAUAAGUUUGACCGGUGGCGCCACCACUUGAGAGCCGCAGAAGAAGUCUCUCCUCCCACCCUCGUACCUUGUCAAACACACUCAAAAUUUCCUAUUUUUCUCUACACCUCUCUCAAUUUAGUUCCCUUAUAUCCACCACAAACCAACCAAUAGUCCAACUAAAAACCAGGACUAACCCUCUUUUCACCAUGCAACCCUACAACUUCUACUAUAACAACAAAUUUAAAUCCACCUCAUGUCCCUUCAUCCUCAAACUCCUAUUGUUUUCCUCUAUCUCUCGUCUCUCUUCGUUCUAUCUGUGUAGCCGUUUAACACGACUGGUUCUGUAUUUUUCUAGGUGAAGUGUUGCUAGAACUAAUCAGACUCAAUCGUAAUGAAGGAAACAUUUUAAAUUUACUUUUGAGUUUCUUCGAUACGUUUGUAUGCAUGUUUUAGUAGAUUUUUAGCUUGAAUAUAUACAUGGCUCUUAUGGCCGAUCAGAAUGACCAGCAAACAAAUUUUAAGCACUUUUGUAGAGUUUGCAAAAAGGGGUUUAUGUGCGGGAGAGCUCUAGGAGGGCAUAUGAGAGCCCACGGGAUAGGAGACGAGAGUGGUAAUGCCGACGAAGAAGAUCAGACAAGUGAUUGGGAGGAGAGAGGUAAUUCUUCACCGAACAAGCGAAUGUACAAAUUGAGGACGAACGCUAACCGGUUGAAGAGUUGCAAGGUAUGUGCAAAUUGUGGGAAGGAAUUCUUGUCAUGGAAAUCUUUCCUCGAGCAUGGAAAAUGUAGCUCGGACUCUCCGGAAUCAUCACCGGAAUCUGAAAACGAGGAACGGAGGGAGUGUCAAUGGUCCAAGAGGAAGAGAUCAUUAAGGGGUAAAGUGGGUAGUUCCAAUAGUUUGUAUACGUAUAGUGACGAGGAAGAUUAUGCUGCGACAUGCCUCGUGAUGUUGUCCAAUGCUAGGGUUGAUCCACGGGUGGCGGACCAACCGGAGGAGUCUUGCGCCUCUGCCAGCAAGGAGGAGGAGCGACGGAAACCUAUGUCGGCGUUCUUUGCUCCCGUCACGUUACGACCGGCGGCAGAUCAGAAGGGAAAGGGGGUUGCAAAAGGAAUGUUUGAAUGCAAGGCGUGCAAGAAAGUGUUCAAUUCCCACCAAGCAUUAGGAGGACAUAGGGCGAGUCACAAGAAGGUUAAAGGUUGCUUUGCCACUCGGCUCCAGCACAUCCAUGACGGUCCCACGGGCGAAUCAGAGGUGAUCACUCAAGAACAGUUCUUACUCCCAACAAAAUCGACAUCGAGUUUUCAGCUCGGUCCGAGUUCUCACGAUCCCGUGGCCGGAAAUUCCAAGAGAAAAUCAAAAGUUCAUGAAUGCUCGAUAUGUCACAGGAUUUUCUCCUCAGGACAAGCAUUGGGAGGGCACAAGAGGUGUCACUGGAUCACUUCGAAUUCGCCCGAUCAGAAUUUUCACAAACUCAACAAAUUUGAGCCGCUAGAUCUCAGUCUUGUUCCGGCCAGGUCUGAUGACCUGGCCGGAAUAAGACGAGACCCACGAAACCUAUUGAGCUUCGAAGUCUCUACGGAAAUAAAUUUACAUUCUUGGGUUGAUGUCGAUACCGAAGGGGAAAACAACAAUUACAAAACCCUAGAUGACAAAAAUGACGACCGUCACGAUGUUAAUUCAGUUGAAAAUGUGGAAGAUGAAGCUGACAGUAAGGUGAAAUUAGCAAAGCUAAGUGAGCUGAAGGACAUGAAAAUGAGUGGUGAUUCCUCUGGAUGGUUGCAAGUUGGAAUUGGUUCAUCUACUGGUGUGGGUGCUGUUGACCCUUAAAUCUUUUCUUCUUCUUCUUCUUCUUCUUUUUUUUUCUUUUCUUUUUUUCUCAGGCAAAUAUUUGUAAAAUUAAUCAUCACUUGCGUAUAUACUUCUGUAUAUAUAAGAAGUUGUAAGCAACCCCGAAAACAUUGAACAAGCAUAUAGUUGAUAAAAUCUUCUUAUAGUAGGAGUACUAUAUUGCAACAUUUGUUUGAGGUUUUUUUUUUUUUUUUCCAUUCGGCUGGCUGGAGCCGGCCGGGAGGGAGAAGAU